AUGACUGAGCAAAGAAAGUUUAUUUUGGAGAAAAUAAAGAAACACCAAGAAUCCCUGGACCUCAUUAACCCUCAAGAUUUUAUUGAUUAUUUUCUGAUUAAAAUGGAAAAGGAAAAACAUAAUAAACAUUCUGAAUUUACCAUGGACAACUUGAUAACCACUGUAUGGGACGUGUUUAGUGCUGGAACAGAGACAACAAGCCUCACUCUGAGAUAUGGGCUCCUGCUCCUGUUGAAGCACCCAGAGGUCACAGGGCAGUUUGAUCCUGGUCACUUCCUGGAUGAAAGUGGCAACUUUAAGAAGACUGACCACUUCAUGGCUUUUUCAGCAGGCAAGCAUGCUUCAUUUUUGUCUGUACAUCAGAGGUCAAAUGAGAGGAGGAAGGGCUUUGUAUGGAGGCAACUCUGA